AUGUGGUGGCAAAAUCAACCAUUGUCAUCUUCGGAUGAAGACCGGGAAGAAACCCCUCGCCAUCUUUCUUACAACGAUUAUCGACGGACAACAUCUUUUCCAUCUAACUUUAGUGGAUACUCGUAUCGAUCCAAGAGUGAUGGAACACCAAUGACUGUCUUGCAAAUGACUCCUUCACCGGUGCAAUCACCGCUGAUAUCGGAUCUAUCACCCAUAGGAACCGCUUCCUUUUCCAGUAUUCAACAAAAUUACCUUGAUCAAAGCAUUCCCACGCCCACUGCGAUUCUUUUUCGAGAUUCCACGCCUACCAAACGGCGGCGCAAGAGAAGCAACCGACGAACAAGAUUGUCUGAUUCUUUGCAUUUGGAAGACUCUGGCUAUGACGCUCGACCUCCAUUGGCAACCACUCGGCGUCGCUCUGGGUAUCGCAAAUACCGGGGAUCACCUCACACUUCUGAUACAUCUCCGGAAACUAGCACUUCCGGGAGAAUGGAUGGACACUUUUCGCGACAUCCAUCUCCUCCUCAACGGCCUUAUAGUCCUAAGGAUGCUUCUUUCCGAGUGAAUUAUCACUGGUUCAUUCAAAUUACUUUUGCGUGCAUGAUUAUUAUCAGUGGUGCCGGCAUCGUUUUCCUAACGAAUUCGGUGGCCUCGAUGGAACACUACGAUCCAGUCCGACCUGAGAUGCACAUGACAGAGGCAGGAUUGCGAGGAAAGAUGGUCUCGGGACACUGGGACCGGCCAUUCCCAGCUCCUCUCAAGCAAAAGUCCAAAUCGAAAGAAAAAAAGCACGAAUCGAGCCAAGAAAAGAAAAAAAAGAAAAAUCCUGAAAAGAAAAAAGAAAAGACUCCAGCGUUGGCAGGUUCCAAAAAGGAAAAACAGCAUGGAUCAUCUCAUGAAAAGAAGAACCACGGCCUGCCACGGGUCAUCACACCCCCACCCCUCCACAAAUCGGAUCCAAUGUUUGAAAAACAAGACUUGGCGCUCUAUUCCAAGGUAACCACCAAUAAACGUCGCGUCGUGGCCUUGGACCCGUCCAUGCCAUUGCCGCACCACCGUACACUCAAGCUGUAUCCCGCUGAUUUUACGGAUAAUACCCAACUCUAUCCCAUUCUAGACUCGGACGAUGAGAGGCUAAAGUUGAUGGAAAUCCGAGAACCUCAUGAAAGUGAGGAAUGUGUGCCCAUGCAAGAAUGGCAGACAACCUUUCAUCCAUCGUGCAAUGAAAUGCACGAAUUGCCCUUGGCAGACUUGGGAGUGGAUGAUAAUAUGGAAUUUUUACUCUUUGGUACCAAGGGAUUCUGGAGAAAUGCUUGGAGAGUGGACUUUCAAGAGGAAGAGAACCCAAUUGUCUUGAAGACACUCAAGUUUGAACACAACUUUGAGGAUGCUCACUUUGAGCACGAUCGAAUUGAUGCCGUAGCUAUGGAACGACUGACAUCGUCGAAGCAUGUUAUCAAUAUCUUUGGGUUCUGUGGGCAUUCCGUCAUGACAGAGUUUGCGGAUAAUCCCAGUAUCGGAAAAGUGGUGGAAAAGGCAAGAAAGAAGCCGCUUCAGCUACUUCGAAUCGCCAGAGACAUUUCCAAGGGUUUGGCCGAUAUCCACGGAAUUGAUGGCGACAAUAACUCUACCUUUGUCCAUUUGGAUAUCAACCCUGCCAACGUGGUAGGCGUGGGGGGGACACUCAAAUUAAAUGAUUUCAACAUUGGCAUCAUUCGCCAAUGGAAUACCACUUCCGAUAAACCAUGUGGUUUCCCAUCCCAAUAUCCAAAUCCUCAGUGGAGAUCUCCCGAAGAAGCCCGUGAACAAAACGAUCUAACGGAGAAGGUCGAUGUCUUUUCCAUGGGACAUAUUUUCUUUAGAUUGAUUUGUGGAGCGGAACCAUGGAACAAGUUGGAACCCAAUGGUCGGCCAUCAAAGGACGAAAUUGCCGAAAAGGUCAAGAGUGGUGUGCUUCCAUACAUUCCCGAGACUGUCAUGGAGUCUGUUGAUCCCGAGGUCGUGGCCAUUCGAGAAGCGAUGUUGUCAUGCUAUUCCUUCCAUCCCCAAGAUCGUCCCAGCGCUCGUAGUAUUACCCGAUCGCUGGACAAGGUCUUGCAGAAUUUGAAAAAGGAGACUCUCAGUGAGAUUUAA